GAGCAACUGAGCCGGCAGGAAGGCAACGUAACAACUGGGAGGUUAUCCAAGUUGGCAAAUUUGCGUUCUUUUCUCUGUACAGAAAUAAACACUUCCCUGAAUCCCCAUGGAUGCCGGGAAGGAGAAGUGGCUCAACAAUGCACUUCAGGUGGUCAGUUUCAAGAUAGCCCUGAAGGGGUUCGAAAGGCUGGUCGAACGUACAGCGGCCCAGAAAAAGGAUGAAAAAGCGGGCUUGUUUACCCAAAAAGAAGACAUGAUUAACUAUGAGAAGUUCUUUGCGGAGGUGCAGGACCUCUUCGGUAUGGAAGUGAAGAAUCAAGACGUGAAAUGCUUCUACAGGAAACUCUGCAACAACCCCGAUGGGCCCACAGACUGGUGUGAGAUCUUUGGGUAUUACUCCUCUGAAGAAGAUCCUCUCGCUUCCCAAAUGAAUGAAGAAAAUUUGGUUUUCCUUGUGUCUAGAAAACAGCGAGUCGUAAUUACAGGGAGUCGGAGACGGGACGUGAUUAAGUGCAUGGUCAAGAUCCCCCAGUUGGAUUUACUGAUAGCAGCUUCUCAGAGAGGAUUGAUAACAGUCUUUAACAACCAGGAUACCUCCUGGAUUACAGGAUGUGACUACCUCACUCAGCUGAAGCGAAUUGUUGCCACGACAGAAAGGACCAUCAUUGUGUGGGAUUAUAAAGCUCAAGGGAGCAGCCAGGAAAACUACUUCGUCAUAAAGCCGAUGGACCACUGCCUCCUGUGCGUGUGUGCGGUGCCCAUGUCCGACCAGCUCUGCCGAGAUGACAUCCUGCUGGGGGACGAUGGCGGGUUUGUGAACAAGUUCACCGUGAACACAGACGACUUUGGGUUAAAGCAGACAAAGACCAAAAAAAAAUUACAAAAUCAGGUCUUAGACUCCAAGGACUUUAAAAGUGUUAAAAGGAAGCUACAUAAUGACUGGGUUAUGAAAAUUAAAUUUAUUUCAACCCUAAAUUGCUUUGGAUCCUGCUCCUUAGACAGUGUUCAUUCGUUAGUUUUGGAAUCCUUGAAGAGACUUGAGGAUAAUGGGCCUGUCAGAGAGUUUUCCAUGCCAAGAGGAGCGAACACUUUUUGCUACUGUAUAAAAGCCAAUGUCAUUGUCACCGGAGGAGACGACAAGGUGCUCCGGCUGUGGCACCCCAACAUCAGCACCAAGCCCGUGGGGAAGCUCGUGGGGCACAUGUUCAGUAUCACCGAGGUCGUCACCAACGAGAAGGACCAGCUCGUCAUCAGCCUUUCCUCGGCCAAGGUGUUCAGGGUGUGGGAUAUACAGACUCUGUCCCUGUUGCAAGUCUUCCACGACAGCCAGGGAGGACCCGGAGACAUGCAGAUCUACUCCAUGAUCUAUGACGCCAACCACGGCAUGCUCAUUGCAGGAUCUACUGUUAUUGACAUGUACCCUUUGACUAGGAUGAUACAAGAUACAAAACAGGUUCCUCACACGCAUGAGCGAGAAAUCAAUGUCAUGCUUCACAACAAAUACUUCCACCAAGUGCUUACCAUCUGCUCCGAGUCCAUCAUUAAGGUGUGGGAACUUGAGACUGGCCUCCAAAUAUACCAGAUUCUAGACCCUCAUGGCUUCAAUAUUGAACUGACUUCUGCAGCUAUCGAUGACAGUGGAUUUCUUUUUGCCACAGGAGCGUAUAAUGGAACCGUUAAGAUCUGGGACUUCGGCAGCGGGCAGGAGCUGAAGGUGCUGCCGGAAGGGAAGGACUGGAAGGAGGAGGAGCACUGGGUGAAGCGCCUGGCCUUCCUGAAGGUGCAGGAGAAACACCAGCACCUGCUCCUCGUCCUGGAGCACAGCGGGAAGAUCAAAAUGAUGCAGGGUAAAGAAAAUGAUAUUUGUCUCAUUGUGAUAUGGGAGCUGCCUGAUGUCAUACCUGUCCUACAAGACGGUAAUCAUAUUGUGCGUCUGAAAACGUCUACUAAAGACAGGAGCAUGGCUCUUCCCUUCCCAUAUGUUUCGUUGAUAGCUGAGAAAACCCAUCCUCAAGAUGUUCCUAAUCCUACGGUCAGUUCAGAAGUGAACUGCAUUGAUAUAUUGCAAGUAGAAGGAUAUAAUUUGAUAGCCGCUGGAACCGUAAAUGGUGUGAUCAUCUUGUGGAAUUUUGUAACAUCCACUGUCAAAGAAUUGUACAGACCUGAAGAUUGCUUCACUGUCAAUCCGGACCUGGAUCCCAAACGCUAUAGAGUUAACGACAUCACGUUCCUCUUUCGUACCCUUGAGUGUGCAAGGAAGACAAGCCAGGAUUCCGUAUGCUCUUCGUCCCAAUGUGACUCUAGUAAGGGUCCUCAGAGCAGCAAGGGUAGCAAGCAGAGCAUACAUGACGGUGAGGGCAAAGGUGAGCAAACGGAUAUCAUUGUGGGAGAGCAACAGCCAGUGGACAAAAAACACGUUGCAAGCACCGGUGUGGCCGAACCUCAGCCUCCUGUCCUGGUCACCGCUCACGAGGACGGCCACCUGCGCUUAUGGAAUAUAGAGGGACGGCUGCUGAAAGACAUGCUACCUUUUACAAAACAUUCUGCCAUUUCUCUGACAUCACUGAACAUUGAUUCCUGUUCCAGGAUACUACUGACCAGCAACGUAGAAGGACACGUGAUCCUUUGCAGUGUUAGUUCCUUCCUGGAUCCGCCUCAUGAUGAAAAGAAAUUCAAGCAGCUGCUUGCCUGGCGUGCUCAUUCUUUAGAAAUUGUUCAAGCGAUCUACGUAGAAGACAAACAACUGGUGCUGACUGCCUCUGUCGAUGGCUCCGUAAGGCUCUGGCAUGCCCUCAAUGGUCAUUACUGUGGGUAUUUUGGACAGCGAAGGUCCUUUGACCUAGCACAGACAACCGAUUUCAUUUUGCCGUGUGAUGUUAAUGAGUACCCCAUAGAAAUAAAAGAAGAGAGCAAGUUCACAGAAAAUAAACAAAAAUAUGACUAUCCUCUGGUAUUUGACCGGCAAAGGUGGCAGAGACUGAGCUCCAUGGCUUUGCUUUUCAAACGGACGCCUUCUAAGCCCUUUAAAGUGGAGCAUGAUUUUAAGUUUUUCAAGUCUCUUUCUUCUCCCAAGAUUCGAAAGCAUGCCUUGGAAAGUUUCUUGACUGAAAACAGAGAGGCGGGGAUUGUUUUUGGUUCUCUGCCCAUAUACAGGGUACCAAGCCCCACGAGUCUGAAAUUCCUUCCGCUCAUUGGCUCAGAGGUCAUAAAGGAGUCUUCUGACGGCGUUCCAGGAAAGAAGAAGGCAGGUCAUGUUCAACAUGAAAGAAUGCAGCGGAGGAAAAGUCUGAAGAGGAAUUUAGUCCCACAGAUCAACCUGUCGCCUUUCUUCUUCCCAGUCAUCCCCAAAUAA